CGCCGGGGAGCAGCUCCACGCCCACGCCCUCCGCCGCGGCCUCGUCGCCGCGGCGCCGCGCGUCGCCAACGCGCUCCUCCACCUCUACGCCCGAUGCGGCCGCCCCGCCCUCGCCUGCGCCCGCCGCCUGUUCGACGAAAUGCCGCGCCGGGACCUCGUCUCCUUCCACUCCAUGGUCGGCGCCUACUCCCUCGCCGGCGACCUCCCCGCCGCGCGCGCGCUCUUCGACUCGAUGGAGCGCCGGAACGUCGUCUCCUGGAACGUCAUGAUCGGCGGGUACGUCAAGGCGAAGCUCCCCGAGCACGCUCUGGAGCUCUUCAGGGAGAUGAUGGGGGUGGGGAAUUUGAGGGGGAGCGCGACGACGAUGGUGAGCGUGGCGACUGCGUGCGCGAGGCUGGGGAGGCUAAACGGGGGCAGGGAGGUGCACGGGUUCUUCCUGCGGAACUUUGCAGAGGACAAUUUGGUGUUUUGGACUGCGGUGGUGGACUUGUACGGGAAGUGCCGUAGGGCGGCGGUCGCGCAGAAGGUGUUCGAUGGAAUGCCGGAGAGGAAUUUGGUGUGUUGGAACGCGAUGAUUGUGGGGCAUUGUGUUUACGGGGAUCCGGAGGACGGGCUCGCACUGUUUUGUGAGAUGGUGGGGGGAGGCGAUUGUUGUGAUGAUGGUACAGAAGAAGGUAAUGCACGGAAAGAACGAAAACCAGUAUUCUCGCCGGACGAAGUUACCUUCGUGGGAGUCCUUUGCGCUUGUGCCCGAGCCGGCCUCCUAGUCGAGGGUAAAAGAUAUUUCGAACAAAUGACGGAACUAUACAAUCUUAAACCGAUGUUCGCUCACUAUUGGUGCAUGGCCAAUCUCUAUGGAGCUCUAGGGCUUUUGCAAGAAGCUGAGGAAGUGUUAAAAAGCAUGUCGGAGGAGACAAAAGCACUGGCAUUGGGUGGCUUGCUCGGUUUAUGCCGAUUUAGAGGAGAGGUGGAGUUGGGCGAACGAAUAGCCUUGAGGUUAAUCGAAUUGGAACCCAAUAAUGGUAUGUACUAUGCGUUGUUAUGUAGCGUUUAUGUCGCAGCAGGUAGAUGGGAUGAAGCUCAGAAGGUGAAGGCGAUGAUGAAGGAAAAAGCAGUGAGGUUUAGGCCUGGUCAUAGGCUUACAAAUUUGAAUGAGAUUGUUCACAAGUUUAAAGUUGGGGAUAGGUCCCAAAUGCAUUCAAAGGAGAUUUACAUGAUACUGGAUGACUUAGCCACGAGGCUAAGGUUAAAAAGCACCGAAGAUGGUUAAAAACAAAAGCAUUGGGUAGUGGUUUCGAUGUCCUAAUUUGGGAUCAUAAUGGUGGCACUUCAGAAGAGGUAACGUCGGGUUUUUGGAGAGUUGCCGAUGCUCAUCGAUGAAGUGGGUUUUCGGUUUAUUUAUCAGUCGGAAUGCUUUUCAUAGCAUGUGGUCAACAUUGCUGAUGACGAAAACUUGCGAAGAAUUUUUUUGUAAAUACAAUUGAUUACAAGAUCUUCAGCUUCUAAAUGUAUCGAGUCAAGAUUCUGAGAUUCGCUGAAAUCAUGAUGCUGAGGUGAAAUCAAAUUUUACUGAAGAUUUCAGGAGAAUCGUUUAUGAGUUUGGCUGAAACAUGAGCCAUUUUCUUGCAGCGCCAUUGAUUUUUCUUACUGAUGGUAUCAUCCUGCCCCAAAAAGCUGCUAAAAUUAGGUUUUUCUUUGGGCUUAUCUGACCAGAACUUCAUAUAUAUGACUGCAAGGCUUUCUCUUACAAUUAGUAUCAUUCAUUUUCUUAGUGAUGAAGGGGCUAAAUUGUAGAGGUAUUUUCACCUUUGUUUAGCUUAAAGUAGAACACAGUGCAUUACACUCGUGAAAUAAAAUUCUGAUAGCUGUUUUUUUGAUAUCGCACUCAUGGUUGGCAAUAAAAUUAACAAUUUGGUGAUUUUUUUUUUUCAUGGUAUUGAGCACAUUUCCUCUGAUCUCGAUAACCACAUUGUUGUUAUGACUGUCAAAAGUAGCGGGUGACUCGGCAAUUAGACUCAGUUGGUUUUCGCAUUUUAUUGUUCUGCCUUUAUCUAUUCUCUCUGUUUACAUAAGCUCGAAGAGACGAUCUUUUGCAAGUUCAUUAGAAAUUUAUCUGGAAUUCGAGCUCUACAUGAAAGUUUCAGAUCCUUUUUGCAUUAUUUUCUCUGUUAUGGGUCAUCUUAGUGGUCUCCUUUAAUAACAAUAACAUCUACUGUAGGUGUGAUUUUGAAAUUUGCAUAAAACUUAAUUUUUAUGAGGAAGCAUCUUUCUGAAACUUAAAAAAAAGGAGUUAAAACAAAGUUCCUCAUGUGUGCAUAAUUCAGCAUGAGAUAUUUUCGAAGACGAAGCAAAUUUGUUAAAGAAGUAGAAAACCCCUUAAAUUAAUAUCAUGGUUUUCUCUUUUGUCACCGCAAGAAAUAAAAAACAUUACCUUCUUAAAACUAUUAGCUUUUCAUCACUUCGCAUGCGUGUGUGUGUGUAAUAAGAUAAAAUUUUGGUUUCAAUAUUUCAGAAGAAAAGUGAAGAUCUUACUAUCUAAAGCUGAUUCCUGCAACUAAACCAAAAAUGCAUACUUAGGUGAAGUGAAGCAUAACAAUUUUCACGAACAAUUGGAGAGUUUUCUGACAAUCCAUCAUCCUGGUUUAAGGUUUUACAAUCCAAAAUAAAUCAAACAGUUUGAAUUUCGAUCAUCAAUUAAAUGAUCGAAAAAAUAAUUUAUUGAAAAAAAUAAUGACACUAAAAAUGUGUGGCAUCUUUUACGUGGAAAUGAAGGGCUGAUCUCUACUUCCCAAUUGCUGCUAUAAACUCCACUGCUACUUUCAGUGCAUUAGUAGAAGCUAAAUCACUUAGAGCUGUGGAUGACCAAUUUGCAUCUCCACCCGCCAAAUCCGAUACUCCGCGGAAUACAGCAACAGGGGGGUUAUUGGGAUUCAAGGUGUCUGAUUUACCAUAAUCACAGCUGCACUCUCCUCAUCCACCGUCGAGACUUCGAAUUCCUUAAAAAGGAACUCUCUAUAUGCCGCGUUGUCUACAAACACAUCGGCAGUCGAUGCUUUGAGCCCGAAGACUACUUUCGGGGCCUCCGGCAAGCAUUUUGUAGAUCAAGGCCGACGAAAUGGAUCCUCAGUUUGGGUGGUCAAAAAAUGACUUUCGAUUGUUAAAUCUUUCUCAAAAGCUGUUCUGCGACUCGAAACCAUGCUGCAUUCACUUCUAGCCAGAAUACUUCCUCCAUUGGCUUGCCAACUGAGUAGAACUCCUCAGUCUUGAACUCCACUGAAGAUAACAAGUUCGUCCCCUCCGUCGGUACAUUGUAUUCUCCAAACAUCAGAUCCCGAGAUGGCUCACUUGUCGACCCAAAUUUCUAAACCGAGAGAACAGAACAAAGAUAAACAUUAAAUGGAAGAGGGGCGUUACCGUCCAUUCCCAAGAUCCGGUGUACGCGACAAACUUCGGGACGCUGACAUCGCCGCAGGACAAUGAAUCGUUCGCGCUUCCGGCCGUCCCGUAGUGCACGAUUCCUCUGAUGUUAAAAACAUCCAGAAGAAUCUGUACUGUGAUCCCUGCAUUCAACUGGAAUAUCACGAACAGGAAAAAGGUAAUUUCAGUGCUCUUAUUACAAUUUUACACGUAGAACAAAAGAACUCGCAACAUGUAAGUAGCUAAAUAAUGUAUCUACCUAUGUGUAAUGCUAUUAAUUAUGUCAAAUUAUAACUGAAGUGACUCAAAAAAUAAAGGUUACAAAUUGGGUUAA